UUUUCAGGGCUAUGCUUUCUCACUAUUGGAACUCAAAUAUCAAAAAUAAUAAAUCCUCAAAAAUAUUUAUUUUAAUUUCCCAGCAUUGUUCUCAAUAUGUCCGCGAGUUAGAAUUAAAUUUUUGGCUAGAAAGAUCAGAAAGGUAUCAGCUCCUUCUCUCUACUAUCAAACAAGUUAGAGCUACCGAUUUAUUAGAUGCUUUACCUUUAAAUUCAUCUGUAAAAAGGAUACAAAUUUUAACUUCUAAUUUAAUGAUAUAUUUAUUAAUUUUAAUAAUUUAUAGAAGGAUAUCUAAUUAA